GUUUUCCACGGCCUCUUAUCCCAUCAUUUCUAGGGUUAGGGUUCUCACCGACCCGUCCCUCCAUCUUAUCACCUCCGGAUCUUGUUAAAGAAUUAUUCGUCUAUAGAAUCGAAAGCGCGUUGGUGAUCUAGUGAUCGAUUUGUUUCCAUCGUCGCCCGAUUGAAACGAGAGGCUUCGAGGUCGUUGAUCGUUUCCUUAGCUCGACAAUGAUGCAGACGGGUGGUGGAAUGGUUCAGCCCCAAUCAAUGGCACCGCCUCCGAUGGAGCAGCAGCAACCUCCACAGCAGUGGAUGAUGAUGCCGCCGCCGCCUCCUCAAGCGCAGUACUACCAGGCUGGCCCGGCGCCGCCCAUGUGGAACCAACAGCCUUCCCAGGUGCCUCCGCCAGUCCCCCAGCCUCAGUAUCAGGCCCCAGCACCGGUUCCACCGCCCCAGAUGCAGUAUCAAGCAGCGUCAGGUCCAGGCCCGGCCCAAGCAUUGGCACCCCAGCCUUCAUCGGCUGAUGAGAUCCGGACGCUUUGGAUCGGUGAAUUGCAGUACUGGAUGGACGAGAACUAUCUCUACAGUUGCUUUGUUCAGACUGGAGAGGUUAUUUCAGUUAAAGUAAUCCGCAAUAAGCAGACAGGGCAGUCUGAGGGUUAUGGUUUCAUUGAGUUUAUAUCUCGUGCUGCUGCAGAUCGAGUUAUUCAGAUGUACAACGGUCAAGUGAUGCCUAACUCAGAACAAGUUUUCAAACUGAAUUGGGCAUCAAGUGGAGCAGGUGAGAAACAUGGUGAUGGUGUAGAUUAUACAAUUUUUGUUGGGGAUUUGGCUGCAGAUGUCACUGAUUAUAUGCUGCAAGAGACAUUCAAGAACCAAUACCAAUCAGUCAAGGGUGCCCGAGUUGUUACUGAUAGACUGACUGGGCGCACCAAGGGUUAUGGGUUUGUUAAAUUUGGUGAUCCAAAUGAACAAGCAAGAGCCAUGACAGAGAUGAAUGGUGUUUACUGCUCUACCAGAGCCAUGAGAAUUGGUCCAGCUGCCAAUAAGAAGAGUCUGGUAACCCAACAGCAGUUCUCUACAAAUGCUUCCUACCAAACUCCACAGAGUGCUGACUCUGAGAAUGAUCCUAAUAAUACCACUUUAUUUGUUGGCGGGUUGGACCCAAAUGUCACCGAUGAUCAUUUGAGGCAUACAUUUGGCCAAUAUGGUGAAAUAGUCUAUGUUAAAAUACCUGCAGGCAAGCGUUGUGGUUUUGUUCAAUUUGCUAAUAGAGCUAGUGCUGAGGAAGCUUUGAGGAUGCUUAAUGGGAUCCAGUUAGGUGGUCAAAGCAUUCGGCUCUCUUGGGGUCGUAGUCCAACAAAUAAACAGCCACAACAGGAUUCCAGCCAAUGGAAUGGAAGCUAUUAUGGGUACAACCAAGGCUACAGUGCCUAUGGAUAUGCUGCUCAAGAUCCUAAUACAUUUGCUUACACAGGAUAUCCUGGAUAUGGAAACUUUCAGCAGCAGCAGCAGCCACCUCAGGCUUGAGUGUAUCAUCUGAAACGGAAACAUCAGCUAUCCAACUUCUCUUUCGCUGGGAUAUGUGGGUGUUGGGCAAUUCCUCUGUCAGUUUGCCCGGUGUGUAUUUUGCUGAGACUCAUACUUAGUGUACUGGCAGUUCAGACCAGUUUUGACAGAUUGUGUUGUCAGAGAUUAUCCUCUGUGUGCUACUGUUAUUUAUGUACUGUUGACAUGCUUAUCUAAACUUAAUUGCUUGCUGCCA